AUGAGGAUUAUUCACAUCAACCCUGCCUGGUACAGCAAGGACUGUGGAUGUGUUCAGUCAGGCUCUGAUGCUAACGUCAUGCUGCUGUCACGGGACAGGCAGACAGUGACGGUGGAAGGGAUGAAAGCAGAUGAGGUCAUCUGCAAUUUCCGGGGCUCAGUGACUCAGGGUUUGGCUCUGGAGGUGGGAGAGACGGUUCAGAUUCUGGAAAAAUGUGAAGGAUGGUACAGAGGAUUCUCAACAAGGAAGCCAAAUGUCAAGGGAGUUUUCCCAGCCAGCUACAUUCACUUGAAGAAAGCCAUUGUCACCAACCGAGGGCCGCAUGAGACUGUGGUGCCUCUGGAAGACCCCAUUGUUACUGAGGUGACGUCAACGCUACAGGAAUGGGCUCUACUAUGGAAGCAGCUCUACGUGAAACACAAAGUGGAUCUGUUCUACAAGGUUCGCCACGUGAUGAUGGAGCUGAUCGACCUGAGAAGGCAGCUCCUGUCUGGUCACCUGACGCAGGACCAGAGCCGAGACGUCAAGAGACACAUCACCGUCAGACUGGACUGGGGCAACGAACACAUGGGUCUGGACUUGGUGCCCAGAAAGGAGUUUGAGAUGGUGGAUGAAGACCAGAUAAGCGUGUCAGAUCUUUAUAAGAUGCAUCUGUCUAGCAGACACAGUGUACAGCAGAGCACCACACAGGGUGACGGCACCCGGCAGCGACACGGGGAGCCAUGUAGAGUUCCAGUACCACACCACCUACUGGUCAACCUGAAGAGCUUCACCUAUAACAGCAUAGGAGAAGACACGGACAUAUUCUUCUCUCUGUAUGACCUGAGAGAGGGCAAAACCAUCAGAGUUUUGAGUGAGGCGGGACAGGAACCUGUGUGCGACGCCUCCAGGCUGGAUGUGUUUGACGAAGACGCCCUGGAAGCUGUUUCCUGCUGGAUUCAGACCGACCACGCUGAAGCCCAGACCUCCAGAGAGAGCGGCGCCGAAGAUCCAUUUUUGCAGGAGGUCAGACGAGGGCGGAGUCUGAUGAAUGGGCGGAGAAGAGCCAUUGGUCAGGAUGGAGGAGGAGGCGGACAGGGUGGGCGGGGCCGAGCUGCUGGCGGGAUUAACGGCGCUCAUGAUCAGCUGACCCUUUUUGGAGAAACUGAACUCGCUGCAGGCAUCAGGAGGCAUACUGCUCAGCUGCAGGAGGAGGAGGAGGAGAGGUCUUGUCAGACAGGUCUGAUCAUCUCUCUGCAGCUGCUGAGGGGUGACAUGGAGCAGGUCCGCAGAGAGAACCCGCUCAUUUUCAGCAGGGGGGUGGCCAUCACUCGCAAACUGGGCUUCCCUGAUGUCAUCAUGCCUGGUGACAUCCGUAACGACCUGUACCUGACCCUGGAGCGAGGGGACUUUGAGAGAGGAGGGAAGAGCGUUCAGAAGAACAUUGAAGUCACUGUCUACGUGCUCUAUGCUGAUGGAGAGAUCCUGAAGGACUGCAUCAGUCUGGGUUCAGGUGAGCCCAACGUGCCGGAGCACCGCUCCUUCGUGCUCUACCAUAACAACAGCCCUCGAUGGAGUGAAGUGAUCAAACUGCCGAUUCCCAUCGACCGCUUUAGAGGGUCCCACCUACGCUUCGAGUUCAGACACUGCUCCACUAAAGACAAAGGAGAGAAGAAGCUGUUUGGUUUCGCUUUCACUCCUCUGAUGAGGGAGGAUGGAACCACUCUUUCAGACGAGAGCCAUGAACUCUAUGUUUACAAGUGUGAUGAGAACACAACCUUCAGUAAUCACGCCCUCUACCUGGGCCUGCCCUGCUGUAAGGAAGACUUCAACAGCUGCCCCAGCAUCCCAUCCAGCCUCAUCUUCCAGCGCAGCACCAAGGAGACGUUCUGGAUCUCCACACAGCUCUCCUCCACGAAGCUCACUCAGAACGUGGACCUCCUGGCCCUGCUUAAGUGGAAGGCCCAUCCGGACCGGGUCAUGGACAUUCUCGGUCGGCUACGGCACGUCAGUGGAGAGGAGAUAGUGAAGUUCCUCCAAGACAUUCUGGACACAUUAUUCUCCAUCUUGGAUGACAACACUGACAAAUAUGGACCACUGGUGUUCCAGUCAUUGGUUUUUAUUAUAAACCUACUCAGGGACAGUAAAUAUUACCACUUCAGGCCGGUGAUGGACACAUACAUCCAGAAGCACUUUGCAGGAGCGUUGGCUUAUAAAGAGCUGAUCCGCUGUCUGAAGUGGUACAUGGACCGCUCUGCAGAGGUGGUCAGACAGGACCACAUACAGGAAGCAAUGAGGGCUCUGGAGUAUCUGUUCAAGUUCAUCGUCCAGUCUCGGAUCCUCUACUCUCGGGCAACUUGCGGUAUGGAGGAGGAGCAGUUUCGCACCAGCAUCCAGGAACUCUUUCAGUCCAUCCGCUUCGUCCUCAGCCUGGACAGCCGCAACUCAGAGACCCUCAUCUUCACACAGGCCGCUCUGUUGAACUCGUUCCCAGCGAUCUUUGACGAGCUGCUGCAGAUGUUUACGGUGCAGGAAGUGGCUGAGUUUGUGCGCGGCACUCUGGGCAGCAUGCCGUCCACGGUGCACAUAGGACAGUCCAUGGACGUGGUCAAACUGCAGUCCAUAGCCCGGACAGUGGACAGCAGGCUAUUCUCUUUCCCAGAGUCUCGAAGGAUCCUGCUUCCUGUGGUCCUUCAUCACAUCCAUCUCCAUCUGAGGCAGCAGAAAGAGCUGCUCAUCUGCUCUGGAAUACUCAGCUCUAUAUUCUCUAUUAUCAAGAGCAGCUCACUGGACACCUCCGUACAGGAGGAGGUGGAGAUGAUGGUAGAGUCUCUGUUGGACGUCCUCCUGCAGACGCUGCUGUCAAUCAUGAGCAAGAGCCAAUCGCAGGAGGCGGUAAGGGGUCAACGCUGUCCGCAGUGCACCGCGGAGAUCACUGGAGAGUAUGUGUCCUGCCUCCUGUCCCUCCUCCGCCAGAUGACAGAUAUCCACUUCCAGCACCUGAUGGAAAACUUUCAGAGCAAGGAAGAGCUCAAGGAAUUCUUGUUGAAGAUUUUGUGUGUGUUCAGAAAUCUGAUGAAGCUUAGUAUUUUCCCCCGCGACUGGAACAUCAUGAGGCUCCUCACCAGCAACAUCAUCUUGACUACAGCUCAGUACCUUUCUCCUGCUCUGCACAAGAACUUCACAGAGGCAGAAUUUGACUUUAAGGUGUGGAACUCCUACUUCAGUCUGGCGGUGCUGUACAUCAACCAACCCAGUUUACAGCUGGAAAACCUGAGUGCUGCUAAGAGGAAGAAGGUCUUAGACAAGUACGGAGACAUGAGAGUGAUGAUGACCUACGAACUGUUCAGUAUGUGGCAGAACCUCGGUGAGAAUAAGAUUCAUUUCAUCCCCGGUAUGAUCGGCCCGUUCCUGGGAGUGACGCUGGUUCCUCAGGUGGAAGUACGAAACAUCAUGAUCCCCAUCUUCCACGACAUGAUGGACUGGGAGCAACGCAAGAACGGAAACUUCAAACAGGUGGAGGCUGAGCUGAUUGACAAGCUGGACAGUUUGGUUUCUGAGGGGAAAGGUGAUGAGAACUACAGAGAACUCUUCGGUUUGCUAACCCAGCUGUUUGGGCCCUACCCCAGUCUGUUGGAGAAGAUCGAGCAGGAGACGUGGAGAGAGACGGGGAUCUCCUUUGUUACCUCGGUCACUCGGCUGAUGGAACGACUGCUGGACUACCGGGACUGCAUGAAGGGAGAUGAAACAGAGAACAAGAAGAUUGGCUGCACUGUUAACCUCCUGAAUUUCUACAAAUCAGAGAUCAACAAGGAGGAGAUGUACAUCCGCUACAUCCACAAACUGUGUGAUAUGCAUCUGCAGGCUGAGAACUACACUGAGGCUGCGUUCACUUUGCUGUUAUACUGGGAGCUGCUGCACUGGGAUGAGCGUCCUCUGAAAGAGUUCCUGCAUUAUCCUGCUCAGACCGAGUGGCAUCGCAAGGAGGGGCUCUGCCGCAAAGUCAUCCACUACUUCAACAAGGGAAAGUGUUGGGAGUUUGGUAUUCCUCUGUGCAGGGAGCUGGCCUUCCAGUAUGAAUCUCUGUACGACUAUCAGAGUCUCAGCUGGAUACGGAAAAUGGAGGCGGCCUAUUAUGACAACAUCAUGGAGCAGCAGCGUCUGGAGCCAGAGUUCUUCAGAGUUGGAUUCUACGGCAGGAAAUUCCCCUUCUUCCUCAGAAACAAAGAGUUUGUCUGUCGCGGCCAUGACUACGAAAGGCUAGAGGCCUUCCAGCAAAGGAUGCUGGGAGAAUUCCCGCAAGCUAUUGCAAUGCAGCACCCCAAUCAGCCAGAUGAGGCCAUUCUGCAGUGUGAUGCACAGUACCUCCAGAUCUACGCAGUAACACCGGUGCCGGACAGUGUCACCGUCCUCCAGAUGGACAGAGUCCCUGAUCGCAUCAAGAGCUUCUACCGAGUCAACAACGUUCGCCGUUUCCGUUACGACCGACCUUUCCACAAAGGACCCAAAGACAGAGAUAAUGAGUUCAAGAGUCUUUGGAUAGAGAGGACGACCCUGAUCCUCACUCACCCUCUGCCUGGGAUUUCACGCUGGUUUGAGGUGGACAAAAGAGAGCUGGUCGAGGUGAGUCCGUUAGAAAAUGCCAUUUCUGUGGUGGAGAAUAAGAACCAGGAGCUGCGAACUCUGAUCAGCCAGUACCAACACAAGCAGCUGCAUGGCAACAUCAACCUGCUCAGCAUGACGCUGAAUGGAGUCAUCGACGCUGCUGUUAACGGAGGCAUCGCCAGAUACCAAGAGGCUUUCUUUGAUAAGGAGUAUAUCACCAGCCACCCUGAAGACACAGAGAAGAUCACUCAGCUCAAAGACCUGAUGCAGGAGCAGGUUCACGUCCUCGGAGUUGGCCUGGCCGUGCACGAGAAACUGGUCCACCCAGAAAUGCGUCCCCUGCACAAGAAACUGAUAGAUCAGUUCCAGAUGAUGAGGAGCAGCCUCUGCCAUUCUCCCCUGCACCCUAUACCUGCCUCGCCCACCAGUCCACAGUCCAUCCUGGAUGGCAGUAACUCCACAUUAUCAGGCAGUGCCAGCUCUGGAGUCUCCUCCCUCAGUGAGAGCAACUUCGGCGGCCCCGCCUCCUCCUCAGACCCCCCGGCCAGUCGCACAGACACCCUGGAGUCCGUCCCCAGCAGUCAGGUCUGGACCACCGACCAAGAAGACCUGGACUCACUUUAUCAACCCGUCAGGUACAGCGUCUCCGAGCCCGACGUCCUCGACGGAGUGAAACCCCCACCCAGCCGCAGCCACUCCGCCCCAGGAGGCGUCACCCCGGCCCAGGCAGGAGGCCAAAUCCAGCCCCAGGCUCCGGGUUCGGCCUCCACUGGAGCUCCACAGCAGCAGGAUGGGCUGCCGCACCCCCAACACCACCACUACUACCACCACUUCCACCCACACUACCUCCCCCACCACCCACCUCUUUACCAACUCCACGAGCCUCCUCCAGCCCUGCCCCCCAAACCCUACCUCAGAGAGGGGUGUAUCCCUGAAGAAGACGCCCUGAACACCCAGUCUGCACCACCUCCUCCCGCCCCCCGGCCCAUGCCACGCAAGAUCUCCCAGCCCAUAAUCGCAGCAACCAAGGAUGAGCAGGCGAAAGUGGCCUGGGAGCACGGCAUCAGUGAGGAGUGAGACGCCGGCUGAUGAUGAUGAACAGAAUAUGAACUCUUUUCAGAAAAGAAGUGAAGUGAGAGCAAGAGCCUAAAACCGAUGAGAAACUGUCAGACUCCCCCCAGUUGUCCCGGUUCAGUAACCAAACUAAUCAUUGAAGAUGAAGGUUGAAUCGAUCGGCUCUCUCAGUACAGUCAGCUUUCAACAUCUUUUAACCAAAUGUUUCUCAUGUCACUGCAUCCUGAACUAAAAAAUACUAUUUAAUCAGCUUUUUCACUAAAUCUAUCAUAAUAAUGUCCACAAACACAUAUUUCUAAAUGCAGUCGCACUCGUACUGAAAUUGCACAGAUAUGUAUCGUAUCUCAUGUUAGUUAUUGAUUUUAAUUUCACUGAUAAUUGAACAUUAUCAUUCAGAUUUUUAAAUAACAAUUAUACCCUGUUCUCUAAAGCAGCACUUUAACAAAGCAACAGAGCACCAAAACAUAUGAGAAUUAUAAUCUUAACAUAUUUUUUUAUAAAAGCAGGGAUUAUUUUGAUGCUACGUAACGAUAAAGCGAAUCUCACUGAAAACAAGUCGAAAAAGAAAGAGUCCCGAACAAACAGCCAAUCAAACGACAGAUUGAGCUCCGCCCCAGUCGUCUUAUUUGUCAGAUAAACAAACAUUAUUAUAUUUUCCAACACAAAAAAACAACGUGUGUAGAUAAAUGUAAUACAGUAUAUAGACGUAUAUAAAUAUAAUUUCUAUUUAAUCCAUAUACUUUUGAUUGAAGGUGAAACCUGUGUAGAAAUAUGCAAGAUAUAAAUGAGCCGUUAGUAGCUGCUGGAUGAUUUAUGACGUGACGACGCCUCACACACAAAAAUGUUGCAUCCCAUAAUUUCAGGGGUCAAGAAAUCAUUUUAUUUAAUGUUGAAAAAGGCGUUUAAACCACCGCGGGGUGUUUUUUUUAGCAGAGGAGGCGUUCAAGGGAAGAAGCUGUAAAUGUGUGCGAGGCAUCAGAUGGAUGAUAUUUAUAGAGAAUAUUAACGAUAAUAAAUAUACACUUUUUGCCAUUUUUUAUGAAAGUAAUGAACUGUACAUUUUUUAAUCAGGUUUUGUAUGCAUGUCGAUUCGUCGGGAGUUUGAGCUUAAACAGAGACUGUGAGCGAUCCACAAAGGUUAAACUACUGCAGAACUUCUGUGCACUGAUGUGUUUAUAGUUUAUAGGAAGAAGAAGCACUUUGAUCACAGAGGAUUUUAAAUCUACAUGAUUUCAUCUUUGCGAUCCUGGUGUGUACGAGUACUGUGAAGGAUAAUACUUUUGUAUUUUGUUUGUUUUAAAAAAUGUUUUUACUUUUAGCCACCAGCUCAGAUAUGAUUAUGUACAUACUGUCAUCCUGUAAUGCACCUAAUCACUCCUCCUCUCCUUUUUUUGGUUGAAAUGAACAAAACUGAACUGUGAACAGCUGUUAGCUCCCCUGGUUUAGCUUCCUAACUGUGUUUCUGUCACAGCCGUUUACACUGCUCAGCGUAUUCUGCCUGAUGCUGGAUCAUAUGCGGACUCAUACGUGGUUAACUGUGAGAACAAGAGUCAUAUUUAUGUGCACAGAUCUGAAUCACAAAGUCUCAGAGGACCUUUUAAAGGUAAAACUCCUGCAUAUAUAACUUAGAAGAUGUUUAAUGAUAAGACUGGUGAUAUUGCACUGUAUUUUAUUUUGAGUCCCACACACACCAUCCUGUUUCUAUAAAUAUUAAGACACCAGAUGUGUAUUAAUCCGCCACUGAAAAUGGUCCCCAACAAAAACACUAGUUCCUUCUGUAUGAGUAACAGUUAUAGGCUGUUAUAGGAAGUGACUUAGCCUGAAACUUUUUACGUUUUCAGUAAGAACCGAUUAGCUAAGAUCCACAGGCAGAGACAGAGUAGUAAGAAAUAUUAAUAUAUAUUAUUAAUUAUCUAUUAUAUCUGUUUGUGGCCAUCAAGUACUACAAAUGUCCUCAGUAUCACAGUAUAUGUCCACAGGAUGCGUCAUUUCCAGCCUGUAAGCAGACAGAAAUGAAAUGCAUUCUGGUAUAAAGCUUUUAUUUAUUAGGCGGUAAGUGGAUACAGCGUUGGAGACGCGCUCCGUUCAUUCCUGUGGAAGCUGCUCAGUGGUGCAUGAAGCCAAAAAGAAUUUGAUUUCCAGACAUAAAAUUACCUGAAUCUUCUGCAUAUGUUUCCACGUUGUGUGGCCUAUAGAGGAAGCACACUAGAGACGUCCUCCAUUCCUAGCUUCCGGUUCAGCCCUCCGCUAACUCGUAUGAAUAUAUAAUAAC